AUGGUGACCGUGCUGGUUCAGUUUGCGUUGACCAGCUUUGUGCUGUGGACGAUCGCCGAGGGCGCCGACGAUCCGAACUGCAAGGGAUUGCCGUCGCCGUGUAUCUGCAGCACUGACAUCGUCAACUGUACGAACGCCGGCUUCACUUCGACCGACAUCUUCCUGCAGAUCACCGACAGCCGCUUUCCGUACCUGGACACGCUGAUCGUCACCGGCUGUCAGUUCAACAUGCUGAGGGACACGCUGUUCGGCGCCCGGGUGGUGCACCGACGCGCCAAGAACGUCAACCUGUCCAACAACAGCAUACACUACGUGUACCCGACGGCGUUCGCCGGACUUCCGAGCCCGUCGACCACCAGCAUGUUCGAGAUGCUGCAGGACCUGCGUAUCCUGAAUCUGGAACACGCACUGGACGCGACGUCCAACGAAAAGGACGAGUGGCUGAGUACGCAUCUGCGAGGCAACGGCGUUCGACGACUGCAGUACCUUCACCUGCAGCGAAACGGUCUCGAACACCUACCCUCGUACGUGUUCUGCUCGUUGCCGUCGCUCGAGUUUCUGUACCUAGCCAACAACUCGUUGUCGCACUUCUACGCGAAAAGCGACUGCCUGCGUGACCUGAAGGAGUUGAGCCUGGCCAACAACUCGAUCUGGUCAGGCGGCAAAACGCUGCAGGCCUGGUUCAAGAACAACCCACGGGUAGUCCGCAAGGAACACACGGUGUGUGCCACGGCGCUGCCGGCCAAGUACGAAGCAUUAUCCCUGUUACGCGUGCCGGAGCAAAACCUGAAAUGCGGUGACGACGACGGCAGUUACACGCACGGUGUGUACAUCGUUUGCGGUCUGGCCGUGGUCGGUCUCCUGCUACUGUUGCUGUGCAUCGCGUACACGAACCGAUCGGCGAUCUACAAGGGCGCGUGGCAGUACCGCAUCCUCAGAGCUAACGACUACCAGCUACUCGGCAAAACGUCCGACGCCAAGCCGGUGCUGGUCUGA